AGACAAUCCAUCUUUAUGGGCCGUUCAGCCAUCCUCUCUUCAUCCAUGCUGUUAUGGAUGGCCUAGCUAAUAGCUAAAGUGUUGUGCUCGAAAGUGGGAAUCGCAAAAAUCCGGCUUCGAUUUCCUGUAAUCCCCGCCAUUCGCCGCACGCCAGCUGCCGCUGAGCGUUGCCAGCUCCAUCAUGCCUCACGCCACGAAGAACGGCGAAAAUGACGACCUUGAUUUCGAGAACGUCUUAGCCCAGAUUAACGCGCCGAAUGGAGAACAGUUCGACUUUAUGGGACGGGAUCUUGAAACCGGCGAGAAAGCGGACGAUGCGAUCGAUUUCGAAGAUUUCGACGAUGACGACCUUCCCGAGGAAGAGGAUGGUACCGGUGCAUCCGCCACUCAAGUAAUGAGUGUGCAGCCUGACGGUAUAGAGCAAGAUGAUCUCUGGUCUGGCGAUCUUUUUGGAGAUGACGAGGCCCCUGCUGGAACAGAAGCCCGUGAUGAAGUCGAUGAUCUAUUCGGUGACGGCGCGUCAUCCCCACCAGCUGAACUUGGUGAUGCUGCGAAUGAUCUCUUCUUAGAGAAGGGCGCAGCUGGCGACAUACCGGUGGAUAGUACAUUAGCGCCCCUGGAAUCCGCAGCUGAUGAAGAUGGUGAUAUCGAUCUUUUUGGAGAGGUGGAGGAGCCUGUUUCACCCGCGGAAGAAGACAUGGAUCCAGCUACUUUCAACGCGUGGAGAGAACAACAAGCUUUGUUUGCAAGAUCUGCCGCCGCCGCUGUCCCUGGACCAGACAAUAUCCCAGCCCCUCCUGAAAAUGACGAAGACCUUCUGAAAUCAUUAUGGCCUAAUUUCGACCGAGACUCCUUCCCUCGAUUCGUUGAACUUUUUCGCCACAAAAAAGCGCAUUACUUGGGUAAACAACCCGCAAAGCCCCCGAGAACGGUUGUUCCUACGAAAAUACACCUGGAAUUCUGUGUAGAUCAAGAACGUGUUUUCAAUACAGGCGGCCAGGGGAACAAGCGUGCUUUCGACAGUGAAAAUGCUGGAGUGUUAGCGAUACAGCAGGUGGAAGAUGUCGAAAUAGAGCGCGAGGAGAACUUGGAGGCACUAUUUGAUGAUAACGAGGUUCUUCCAGGUGGAGUAACAAUGCAAGAUCUUCAUAUAUUGUGUGCGGAUUGGGAAGUCAAGAGUCAGGUUUCAGAGGCGGAUAUUGAAAAUGAACCUGCUCCGCGAACAGUGGUUGCCGACAACCUUGACGAAGACACUUGGUUUCCUGACAUGGAAGAGACGCAACCCUUCAAGAGGCUGAAGACAGGAAGAGAACCCCAUGAACUAUUGAAACUUUCUCAUAUAGACAUCCCUAUUCUCGACGACCCAGCCCUCCUGACUUCCCAGAUUGCAAAGAAAGUUGUGAUUGAUAUGAAUGACCCCCACCUGUUACUUGAUAACCGGCCAGAGGCUUUGUUGCAGAAACCAAAGACUUUACCUGGUCCUGAACGAGGCGAGAUGGAUAUUAAUACCACGAAGCGUUUGAAUCAACGUUACAACAUUUCUAACGAUGACGCCUAUGAUAUGCUGAAGGAAAACCAUCAAAACAAAAUUCGAAGCACUUUGGGAAGCGCGACUCUCGAGCAUAGUAUGCCAGCUUUGCGUUUGCAGUGGCCAUAUUACAAAACCGAACUCUCAACUGCAGAGGCUAGAUCUUUUCACCGCCCAGCGUUGUCAUUUCGUCCUAUGGUUAGCUCCUGGUUUAAAAACUCGGCUUAUGUUAAACGCAAGCAUCAUAGAGGGAAGGACGCCAAAUCUCUCUUCAACUCAACAAAGUCUUUAUCCAUGGCAGACAACUCGACAAUGCUCUUGGUGGAAUAUGCUGAGGAGGUACCGAUGAUGCUGUCCAAUUUUGGUAUGGCAAAUCGAUUCGUAAAUUAUUAUCGCCGAAAGAAUGCGGAAGACUCAACCCGCCCGAAGGCUGAAAUUGGUGAAACGCAUGUGUUAUUGCCCCAAGAUAAGAGUCCGUUUUCUAUUUUCGGACACAUCGAUCCAGGCGAGACCACGCCUGCUAUUUCGAAUUCUAUGUAUCGCGCCCCUGUUUUCAGUCAUCAGCCGCAGUCUACAGAUUUCCUAGUCAUCAGGAACUCUAACCAAUCUGACGGGUCUGAUUUCUACAUGAAAAAUAUUGAAAAUCUUUAUGUUGCAGGGCAGCAGCUUCCAACGACAGACGUGCCUGGGCCACACUCCCGGAAGGUGACAACUGUGGCGAAGAAUCGUCUCAAGAUGCUUACUUUCCGCCUCAUGAAAAGGGAAGGUAACAUGCAAGUAUCAAUCCACCAGGUUACAGCACAUUUACCUGGAUCUUCGGAUAUGCAAAACCGACAGAAGAUGAAAGAUUUCGUGCAUCAUGAUAAAGACACAAAAAUGUGGGUACCAAUCGGAGGCAUUCCAGAUUCAGAAACGAUCAGAUCCUGGAUUCAGCCCGAGGACGUCUGCCUGCUCGAAUCCAUGCAAGUCGGACUUCAGCACCUCCAUGACACUGGUCAUUCCAACAGUGUAGAGGAUGAAGACGAUGAUGCAGAAGGUGAAAGUUUUGAACAACAAAUGGCACCCUGGCGUGCUACGCGCAACUUCACGAUGGCAUCUCAAGGGAAGGCGAUGUUGAAGCUGCACGGCGACGGUGAUCCUACUUCCCGGGGCCUAAUGUUUAGUUUCAUCAAAACAUCAAUGAAGGGUGGUUUCCAGGCGAUUGGAGAGAGUGCACAAGAGAAGAUGGAGAAACGGGAGCAGAAAGAUACUGGUGGCCAUAGUUAUAAUGUGGCUCGUCAGCAAAAGGCUUACGAAAGCUCUAUUCGUCAUAUUUGGAACGCUCAGAAAGCAAGCUUGUCCUCCCAAGCUGAGCUCUCAGAGAGCGACCAUGAAGACCUCGAACGCGAGGAUGAGGAUGAGUUCAACCGACCUACACCACGUGAGGUUGCCACGCCUUCUAUACGCCGUGAUGAUGAGAGUAUGAGCCAGUUUAGCAGAUUAAGUUCUCGAAGUCAGCGAGGCAAAGUGUUGAGGAUUGUCCGUGAUUUUAAAGACGAAAAUGGGAAUAUCUACCAAAAGGAGCAGUUGGUUUGGGAUCCUCGUGUCAUACGCAAGUAUGUGCAGAUACGACACCAAGUGGAAGCUGUGAAUACACAGCUUGCCGAACUUUUGCCGACAGGUGAUCCAGAAGUAGAUGCUCGCAACAAGAAACUACUCGAAGCUGAAUUGACACGACUCAACCGUAACAAAGAGAGACGCUUUGCUCGCGAAAAGCAGAAGGGAGCUGGUCGAAUGUCUGUUGGAGAUUUCGAAGAAGCUGGGACCCCAUCGAAAGCUGGCGGAAGCACCACGAGAAAAUGCGCUAGCUGCGGAAUGGUCGGACAUAUCAAAACAAAUAAGAAGCUCUGUCCAAAACUUAACGGCAGUGCUCCGCCUGACGAAGGGCUCAAUGACUCCGCUUUCGCAGUGGCUGCAACUCCCACCUUUUGAGUUGCAUUCACUCUCAGCGUUAAUUCCUACACCACACUUAGACCCGACCUUCCAAAAGGGGAAAAAAAAAACAAAGCCCUCGUGACGGGUAUUCCGAAUCCCAAGAAGAAUUCAACUGGUUUUGAAAACUCUGCAUCUAAGAUCUUCAUUUUCUUCAUGAUCAACUAACUGACCUUUAUUUCUCCCUCAUUCUUUUUACUGAAUAUGAGGGCGACAUUGCCGCACCCCAAGGUAACGGCAGGUGGCAGUCUAUUGUGGGCGUAUUUUUUAGGGAAUUCGUCUGAGAUAUAAAGUCAUGCAUGCCUCUAUCGGGAUAUUCUCCCUCUUGACUGUCUUGUC